GGAAACGCGGCAGCGUUAAUAGCGGCUAAUAACGCGAAGACACACAGGAGAACUGCCGGAGGCACAUAUGAUUUGCCGCGGUGCCGUAAAUCGAGAUUAGCGGAAUUUCGGUAGUCGCCAUCUAACAGCGAUAUCAAGAGGGGAGAGGAAGAGUCGAGUAUAAGCUUCAGUUCCCUGAGAAUUAUUGUUUGCCACAUCAAUCGCUGUCGCGGCAUAAUGUUUCUUGUCAAGGAGGGAAACGAGGUUAUUCUCGGUUCUCGUCGUGUCAGAGAACGACGUGCCCUCGAAUGACGUGGCAGAUUUUAUUGCCAUGAUCAAGCAACGCGUCGGGGAUUCCAAAUUGCAAAUUGCAAAUUGCAAGUUUAUCAGACUUAAAUAAAGGUGAGUGUACGUUGUACUCCACGUUUCAUUUAUCUGGUUUUCGUGACGUUGAAUGUGUAUGUUGUUUGCAAAAUGCUUUCUCUAUACAACAAUGAAAAGAAUGAUAAUCUAUUCUGUAUUCUAGAACAUGUUACACAAGGUUUUCGGUUGGAAAAAGUUAUGGUGAAUCUACGUUUGACGUCUCUUUCUCUCGUCAUUGCUAUUUUUAAACAACUCUUCACGAACGAGGAUUUCUUAGCGGAAGCAUUGAGAAUUCUGAAACCCAACUGUUUGCUUGUCAUUCGUGAACCGCUACCAAAUAGAAAGCCAGGCACUGCACAUUUGUAUUCCGACAUCAGGAUAUCUAGCUUGAAAUUAUCUGGUUUCAAAGUAAAAGAUACAGACCUGAAGGACUUCGAUCUGGAGAGUACAAAUCUUUUGCUAAAAGUAUAUAGCGAUAUAAAAGAAGUUGGCACAGUAUCGACGAGUAAACCGUCAUUUGAGUCUGUGCGACAACGGGCAAGCAAAAAGCGUGCAAGGACUGUUCAUGUGGACUCGCAGAAGAAUUAAGUAGCACAGAUGCACCGAAAAACACUGUUAAAUCUUCUUGUGGAAAUGUACGUUUCAUACUACUGCUUUUUUUCCGAAAUGUAUAAAUUUAAAUGUCAAAUUUUUAUGUUUUAUUUAGUGUUAUCUAGGAGACGCAAACGCGAUUCGUUUUCAGUUGUGUGCAAGUAAUUACCCUAUUUCUGUAUGAUUCUAAUUAUAUUUUAAAUUCUGUUUCAAGUAUUUCUCUUGUAUACGUCUAUAUAUUAUGUAUAAAAUAGAUAAAAUAAUUGUUCUUCAAAUAUAGAUAUAUAAAAGUGUACUUAAAUUAUAAUUCAAUCUUAUUUCAUAUCCUUUUUCUCAAUAAAACAAUCAUAUAAAUAAAAGAUAAUUGUUAGUAAUAAGAGUAAUACCAGAUUUAAA